AUGUCGUUGAUGCAGGUCCAUAUUGUGUACAUGGGAUCGCUUCCUGAUGGGAAUCCAGCGUACUCACCGUUGUCUCACCACCUUAGUAUUCUACAGCGAGUUGUGCGGGGAAGUUUGGCAGAAACUAUAUUGGUCAGAAGUUAUAAAAGGAGUUUCAAUGGAUUUGCAGCCAACCUCACUGACCAAGAAAGGAAGAAAAUUGCGAACAUGGAAGAAAUAGUCUCUGUCUUUCCGAGCAUAAGAAUGGAACCUCAAACAACAAGGUCUUGGGACUUUAUGGGUUUCGAUGAGAAAGUCAGUCGAAAUGCCACAACUGAAAGUGAUAUCAUUGUUGGCGUGAUGGACACUGGAAUUUGGCCUGAAGCUGAGGGCUUUAAAGAUGAAGGUUUUGGUCCUCCUCCUAAGAAGUGGAAAGGUGUUUGUGAAGGCGGCAAAAAUUUCACCUGCAACAAGUAUAUCGUUGGUGCUCGAUAUUACUUAACAGACUCUGCAAGGGAUUUCGGGGGUCAUGGAACUCACUGUGCAUCAAUUGUAGCCGGGAGUCCUGUAAAGGAUGUAAGCUUCUACAGACUAGCAAACGGUACUGCAGGAGGAGGUGUACCUGCUGCGAGAAUCGCAGCAUAUAAAGUCUGUGAUCUUGAUUUCGGGUGUAGUUCAGAUGGUAUCUUGGCUGCUUUUGACGAUGCAAUUGCCGAUGAAGUUGACCUCAUUUCAAAUUCACUUAAUGGAUUUUUUCGUUCUGAGCCUCAUUUUUAUAUUGACCCGGUUGCAAUUGGUGCCUUUCAUGCCAUGAAGAAAGGGAUACUAACUUCACAGUCUGCCGGAACCAUAUUUAAUAGUGAUAAGGUUGGUCCUGUGUCAAGUGUAGCACCAUGGAUAUUCACAGUUGCAGCUAGUACCACAGAUCGCCGGAUUAUUGACAGCACUGUUCUUGCAAACGGAAAGAAACUAGUCGGGCACUCUACGAACACGUUCACAUUAAAUGGAACAAAUUUUCCUCUCGUAUAUGGAAAAGAUGCUUCAAGAACAAAUUGCUCUCAAAUGCUAGCUAGUAUAUGUUGGGAAGGUUGCCUGGACCCUGAUUUAGUUAAGGGAAAGAUAGUUGUAUGUGAGAAGAACACUGGAAUUCCUGGGACUUACAGAUCUGGGGCAGUUGGGAUAAUUUUUGUUAAUUUUAUGAACGAAACUUCUUCUCAAGUUCUCCCAUUUCCUGGAGUGAAUUUAAUCACAGAAGAGCUAAAUGUGGUCAAGUCCUACAUGAACUCCACCAGGGUCCCUCAAGCGACGAUAUUACAAAGUGAAGUCAUAAAAGAUGUUGCUGCACCUCUUGUUUCUAUCACGUCUGCAACUGGACCGAAUUUAGUUGUACCCGAUAUUAUUAAGCCAGAUAUAAGUGCCCCAGGCGUAGAAAUUUUGGCUGCAUAUUCAACUUUUGCUACUGCCAGCGAAUAUCCAGAAGACAAUAGGCAUGUAAAGUACAAUAUACUAAGUGGAACCUCCGUAUCUUGCCCCCACGUUGCCGGGGCAGCUGCAUAUGUUAAAUCAUUCCAUCCUGAUUGGUCUCUGGCUGCCAUCAAAUCAUCUCUUAUGACUACUGCUUGGCCCAUGAACGAUACCGGUGUAUUUGCUUAUGGAUUCGGACAUAUCGAUCCUGUAAAGGCUAUAAACCCUGGCCUUGUGUACGAAACUUCUGAAGAUGAUCAUAUAAAGUUGCUAUGCACAGUCUAUGAUGAAGGAAAAGUUAGGCUCAUAACAGGAGAAAAUAUCACAUGCCCUAAAGAUCCUGCUAAAUGGUCUCCACGGGAUCAUAAUUACCCUUUAAUGGGAGCUAAAGUUGAUCCGAUGAAACCUUUCACGGUUCAAUUUCAUAGAACAGUUAAAAAUGUUGGCCUUGCGAACUCCACAUAUAGGGCUAAAAUCUUUUCAAACUCCAAACUUGAUAUCAAAGUGGUGCCUGAAGUUCUUUCGUUCAAGUCCUUGAACGAGCAGAUGGAUUUUGACGUGACUGUUGGUGGAAGCGAUUUGCAAGAUCGAUCACAAGUAUCUGGGUCACUGGUCUGGUCUGAUGGUACUCAUAGCGUUAGAAGUCCAAUCCUGGUUUAUGCAUAUGUUCCAAUAAGCUCCAGAACAUGGUUACAUGAGUAAUGAGCAAGAUGUACGUUUUCAAUUGAUUUUAAUGAAUAAAAAAGUAGU